AUGAAUCCUAUCCUCCACGCCGAUACACCACCCCCGCCACCACCGAAGCCCGGUAGCCACGAGGCUAGUCGUGGCGGUACGCCUCAAGUGAAUUCAUCAUCACCCGCAACACCACAACUCCCCCAGCAAGGCCAAUAUGGAUUGGACGUCGCGAACCGAUACAUCGACCCAAGCACAGGCAAUCCGGCCGCAAACGCUCCACGGCCUCCAACCAUCGAAGAAAGAUGGUUGCCUGAGGGCGUUAAAGAUAAAUCAACAAUCGACCUUCAGACUAUCCUCAAAACCCCAUCCCUGAUAUCCGCCCUCUCCGCCACACACCCAUCCCACGACAGCCACCAAGAAUCCCUCCACACCCUGCUGAACUACAACCAAGACCUCGCGAACCACCUCCUCGAUCUGCAAUCACAGCUAACAAGUCUCCGAUCCUCAACCGAGACUCUUCUUCUCCAACACCAAUCACUCGAAGUCUCAUGGCGGAAAAAGCAGAGCGAAAUGGACGCCGCCCUAGCGCCGUGGUCGCCGAAGGCACUAUAUCAGCGGCUGAGUGCGGGAAUUGCAGAGCAAGAGGCUGUUUGUUCGGCUGUUGAAGAGAGCUUUCUGGAGGGCGAACAUCAUGGAAAGGCGUCGGAGAAGGAGGUUGCCGAUUGGAUCAGAAGGGUAAGGGCUGAGGGGGCGAAGUUGGCUGGGAGGAGAGAGGCUAAGUCGAGGUGGGAUGAGGGAAGGGUUGGGGGAUGGAGGUAA